AUGGAUUUAUUCAGUCAUUUGAAUUGGUAUAGUGGUGUAACAACUGAAGAAGGUGAACCAAUCAAAAGUAUACCAACAGGAAAAUUAAUUGUAAUUUCAGAUACUUUGGAAUCUGAAGGAUCAUUUUUAAUUCACUAUUUUUUACAAUCUAUAUUUAAAUCAACCACUACACCAAAUGCCAAUACCACCAACAACACUAAUAAUACAUGGGGUGGAUCAUGCUUAUUGGGAUUAAACCAAUCUUUAUACAACUAUUUUAACAUUGGCAGAAAAUUGGGAUAUAACUUAACCAACGAAAACGCCAAAGGCAACUUUACAUUUAUAAACGGACUUUCAACACCAUACCAAUGGAUCAUCGAACAAAGAGUACAACAAUUAGAGGAACAAGGUUUAGAUGAAGAACCACCAUUAGAUUCAAUUUCACAAGGUUUUGCCCCAUUCCCAAUCACACAUUUAAACUCAAACAUUGUAAACAUCUCCUCGACUGUAUCAUCAACCUCAACAUCAAAUAAUAAUGAAUUAAAAAAUAUAUUACAAAAAAUUUAUAAUGAAUUUAUAAAUGAUCAUAAAAAAAGAAUUCAAAAGAACCCAAGUAAUAAAACAUUAUUUAUAAUAGAUGGUUUAAAUAUUUUAUCAAGCUAUAACUCUGGCAACCCAAGCGGAUCAUUUAUGGACAUUGUUUACUUUCUUCAAUACUGCCACAACUAUAUCAAAGAAAAUUCAAAUACAUGUUCAAUGUUAAUACUCUUCCACCCUGACUGUGAUGAAGAUUCUAAAUUUUUUAACUUGCUCCAAUAUGAAGCCGAUUUAACUAUAAAUAUUACAAAUUUAAAGUCUGGCUAUUCAAAAGAUAUUGAUGGACAACUCAAUUUUAUUCAAAAAGACGAAAAAACCAAUACAUUUGUAAAAGUAAAUCCAAUUCACUACCAAGCAUUGGACAAUUCAAUCAGAUUUUUCUCAAUGGGUUCAAGAAUUCAAUAA